AAAACACAGACAUCUCUAGAGUAGAUUUUUCUAUUUUUUGAAUUUUAAGAUUGAAAUUUUAAAACUGCAUAUUAAACUAAAAGUUUAAAUAUUUAAAAAAAAAUGUGAUAUUUGUUUUAGAUUAGCUACUUACUACUAGCUUUACAAAAUAAUUAAUUGAAAUUAACAUUAAGGAUGCCCAGACGACGAAGAUUUACACCUCUACGAUAUAGGACUAGAACUACAUCACAUCAGCAAAAUAAUGAAGAUGAAGAAGAAAUUAAAAAAGGUAAGGGAGUUUCAGAAGCUCGUUGUCGACUAAUGGGUGCUCUAAUGGAAAUUGUAGAACCAACUGCUGAGGAAUCUGAUGGAUCUGAUGAUGAUUACACUCCUGUUAGAAAAGAAAGGAAACUGCAAAGUGCAGGUUCUGCAGAUGAUGUGAAACUAUUGGGUAAAGCACAGUCCUAUGUCCUCAAAUUGUUUGACAGAAGUGUAGAUCUGUCACAAUUUACCGAAGAUACACCUCUGUAUCCAAUAUGUAGAGCAUGGAUGGCAAACAAUCCUAAGGCUGACUACAAAGCUUGUAUGGAGAUGAAAGAAGAGGAACCUUUACCAGGUGCUGUAGAAUUACCUGGCCCUGAAGGACCACCCAUUUCUAGAAUACCUCAGCUAUUACCUGCACAGUCAAAUCGGCGCAAGGAAAAUAUUGACUUUAAUUGUGAUGAAGAGUUAAGCAAAGAGCAACUAUUGUCAUGGCACAUGGGCCGCUGGUGCAGUGUGCGGCAUGCAUGGCUCGAGCAGGCUGCCAAUGUGCAUGCUCGCUAUGCAGCCGCACACAAAGUGCUGGAAUCCAUGAAUGCAAGUGCUGUGUGAAAGGAGUAUGAAACUGAUUGAAGUAUAAGAAUGGUACAAUAUAAUAGUUAUUAUAUAAUCAAUAAAGUAGAUAAUUUAAGUUUGUAUGUAUAUAUAAUAUUAUUUAAACAAUCAUAAAUCUGUAAAUUGUGAUUUUUUUGAUAUUUUUUAUUAUACUUAUUCAUUUUAUGGAUAUAACAGAUCAAAAAAAAAUUAAUCUCUAAUAAAAUAGAAAGGUAAUAUAAUAAUAGAUAGAAUUUGAUCCAUUAUUGUAUAGAAUUUUGACUUUUAUUUGAUAAAACUUUAUAUUUAUUCUAUAUCACCAUAAUGGCUGGUUUUUAUAAAUAAGUUUAGUUGUAUAAAAUCUUACAUUUUUUAUUUUUCGUUUAUUCUUCUGAUGCUAUUUUGAGACAAUUUUAGAAUGAUUUAAUCAACACUUUCAUGCACUUUUGUCAUAUGUAUAAAAUAAUGUGUGAUUAAAACUACGGAUAUUUUAAAAUUAAAUAAAAAUCUUUAUUAAUGGGA